AUGAAUGUCCUUGCAAAAAAUAUGGAAACAUUUAAGAAAGAUAUUGUUUUGGAGUUGAAGAAUGUCAUUGCAAACAAUAUGGAAACAUUUAAGAAUGAGAUUGUUUUGGAGUUAAAGAAUGUGUUUGCAAACAAUACGGAAACAUUUAAGAAUGAUAUUUGUUUGGAGUUAAAGAAUGUAGCAAAAAGGGAAUGUACUGAACAUAUCAUUGAUUUAGACCUAAAUGAUAUCGUAGAAGACCUUAAAAAUGAGACAAAGGUGCUGCCUAAAAAAGAGUCUACAUCUCUAGUCCAAGAAAAAAUGGACCACGAUGAUACAGUUCAUGUUAAAAAAGAAUCUAAAAAAAAGUCUACAUUUCCAGUUCAAGACAAAAGGCACCAAGAUGAUACAUCCAAACCUAUUUGUUUGGAGUUAAAGAAUGUAGCAAAAAGGGAACAUACUGGACAUACCAUUGAUUUGGACCUAAAUGAUAUUGUAGAAGAGCUUAAAAAUGAGACAAAAGUGCUGCCUAAGAAAGAGUCUACAUCUCCAGUCCAAGACAAAAUGGACCAAGAUGAUACAGUUCAUGUUAAAAAAGAAUCUAAGAAAAAGUCUACAUCUCCAGUUCAAGACAAAAUGCACCAAGAUGAUACAGUACCCAUUAAAAGAGAAUUUAAGACGGUGUCACCAUCUCCAAUACAAGACACAAUAGAGAAUGACCGCAAUGUUCACAUGGUUGGGCUAAGCAAAUCCAUACAAAAACCUGGUAGCAAAACAGUCCUAUCUCGUAAUGUGGAUGUGGAUAUGCUACAAUUAACUUUCUCACAUAACAAUAGAAUUAUUGCAUCAUGUGUUACACAUUCUGCCAAGAGUAAAGUCACCAAAUCUCUAAAACGUAGCCCAAUUGUCACCUCCCAAGCUGUAGUUCCAAAUUUGAAAAAGAUGAAAAAAAUCAAAGAUACAUCCCAGGAAUUUGGACUGGUUGAUGAGGAGAGUAUCAAUGAGUUCGCACCAUUUACUGAAUUGGAGAAGAUCAUAUGCAAUUAUAUUUUCAAUAAGGAUCUAGAUGGGAGGUUUGUCAUUUUUGUUUAUAUAUAG